AUGGUCUUGCAGGACAAAUACAAACGGGCCAAUUCGAGCCGCUACCGGGCAACCCAUGGGGGGAUCCAAUCCAACCGGCAGAAAGCCAAGGCAGCAACCGCGAGUAUCGGCCCCUCCUCCCCCUCCCAGCAGCAGCAGCCACCGGCCGAAGACUUCCCCCAGCUCAUCCAGCCAUCCUCCGCUCCGCCCGCCGAUGACCUUCAACCCUCUCAGACCGCCGAAACUCUCCUCCCGCUUGCACAUCCUCCCGCCGCUCCGCCUCCCCCGAAUCCCACCUUCUCUCGGCGCCAGUUAGCCUCUAAUGCCCACCGUUAUCUCGAACCCGAACCGGAUCCUAAUGAAGAGCCGGAACCGGAGAUCGACCUCACAUACUUUGUAGAGAAGCACAGGACGAAGAUAGAGGCGGAAGAGGUUCGGAGCAAGGAGCCGGAUGAAGAGCAAGAUGUAGACCAGAGUUUUGACCAUCUAUUCAAGCACUCCACGCGCCCGGGCCAUGUCCAACACUCGCUCUCCUCAACAGGCAUCCACGGCUCCGCGGGCAAGCCGGCCAAAGUGUUUAUCGAGGAUUCCAGCUCGUUGGGCUUAGAGGAGCUGGAUAACGAGCGAAAGAAGGCCGAUGCCACCCGAGAACUCAUUGCCCGUUUCAGCGCCCACCAACUCGGCCCAAAGACGACUGGUCCUCCCAAACCCAACCGCCGACCAUUGGCCCGGCAGAAGCCCAAACUUAAUACGCCCAAUCCUCCUAGCUCGAAUCCAAAAGAGCUUGUUCAUCCUCUCGAUGAUGAGGAUUUUUUGGAUGAGGUCUUGAACGACUCGUCAGGGACGUACGGAAAAUUUAAGCGUACAUGA